GAGAACCGGACCCGGAGCCGGCCGAGCGGCACCGGCCCUUGCGGGGCGCGUCGAAGCCAGCGGCUGCGGGAUGCGCUCCCGUCGGCGCGGGGGCGCCGGGCAGCCCCCCUGGCCCGUGCCCAGGAUGCUGGCACUGUGCCUGGCGUCCCUGGCCUGCCUCGCCGAGGGCUCCCAGCGCAGCGAGCCCAUGUUCGCGGCCGUCACCCACCACCUCCUCCCACCCGACUAUGACAGCAACCCCACGCAGCUCAACUACGGUGUGGCUGUCACCGACCUCGAUGCCGACGGCAACUUCGAGAUCGUGGUGGCUGGGUACAACGGCCCCAACCUGGUGCUGAAGUAUGACAGGGCCCGGGGGCGGCUGGUGAACGUGGCGCAGGACGAACGCGGCUCCCCUUACUAUGCGCUGCGGGACCGCCAGGGCAACGCCAUCGGCGUGGCAGCCUGCGACAUCGACGGCGAUGGCCGCGAGGAGGUCUACUUCCUCAACACCAACAACGCCUUCUCCGGCAUGGCCACCUACACGGACAAGCUCUUCAAACUCCGCAACGGGCGCUGGGAGGACAUCCUGAGCGAUGAGGUGAACCGGGACGUGGCCAGCCGCUUUGCCGGGCGCUCGGUGGCCUGCGUGGACAGGACGGGCUCCGGCAGGUAUGCCAUCUACAUCGCCAACUAUGCCAGUGGCAACGUGGGCCCCCACGCCCUCCUCGAGAUGGACGCAGCUGCCAGCGACCCUGCGCGCGGUGUCGUGGUGCUGGUGGAUGUGGCCGCCGCGGCCGGCGUCAACAAGUACACAGGCGGCCGCGGGGUGGCCGUUGGCCCCAUCCUGAGUGACAGCGCCUCCGACAUAUUCUGCGGGAACGAGAACAGCCCCAACUUCCUCUUCCACAACCAGGGGGACGGGACCUACCGGGACGUGGCAGCCGCUGUGGGCCUGGACGACCCCUACCAGCACGGACGCGGCGUGGCGCUGGCCGACUUCAACCGCGACGGCCGCUUGGACGUGGUCUACGGGAACUGGAAUGGGCCCCACCGCCUCUACCUGCAGGCGGGGGCCCCCGGGCGUGUGCGAUUCAGGGACAUCGCCACCCCCAAGUUCUCCAUGCCAUCCCCCGUCCGCACUGUCAUCGCCGCUGACUUCGACAAUGACCAGGAGCUGGAGGUUUUCUUUAACAACAUCGCCUACCGCGGCUCCUCCGCCAACCGCCUCUUCCGGCUCAUCCGCCGGGAGCACGCGGACCCCGUCGUGGAAGAGCUGAACCCCGGGGACGCGCUGGAGCCCGAGGGACGGGGCACGGGUGGCGUGGUGACGGACAUCGAUGGAGACGGGCUGCUGGACCUGAUCCUGUCCCACGGCGAGUCCAUGGCGCAGCCGAUCUCCAUCUUCAAGGGCACCCAAGGCACUGGCAACAACUGGCUGCGCGUGAUCCCCCGCACCCGCUUCGGGGCCUUCGCCCGGGGGGCCAAGGUGGUGCUGUUCACGCGGCGCAGCGGCGCCCACCUGCGUGUCAUCGACGGCGGAUCGGGGUACCUCUGCGAGAUGGAGCCCGUGGCACACUUCGGCCUGGGACGCGAUGAAGCCAGCAGCCUGGAGGUGACGUGGCCCGACGGACGGGUGGUGGUGCGAGCCGUGGCCAGCAGCGAGACCAACUCUGUCCUGGAGAUCCCCUAUCCCCCGGACGCGGAGGAGCCGCUCGCAUCCGCCCCGGUGGAGUGCGGGCAGGGAUUCUCCCAGCACCAGAGCGGACGCUGCAUAGACACCGACGAGUGCACUGAGUUCCCCUUCGUCUGCCCCCGGGACAAGCCCAUCUGCAUCAACACCUAUGGCGGGUACCGCUGUCGCAGCAACAAGCGCUGCGGCCGGGGCUUUGAGCCCAACGAGGACGGCACUGCUUGCGUGGCUCAAGUAGCCUUUUUUGGGGGAUACCCCUCCGCCGGGAGCUGGCCCUGGCCCCCCCAUGGUGCCCUCCUCCCUCUAGGCCUCGGACUCUGCCUUUGCCUCUAUGCACUUUAACCCUUGCCCGUAACGUGCCAGAGCAGCCUUGGCGGAAGGACCGGCCGGCCUCUGCCCGUCUCUUUCUCUCUCUCUCUCUCUCUCUCUCUCUCUUUCUCUCCAUGUCGAACUGCCCUGCAGCUGCCCUGGACGCGCCGGCUGUGCCGCGGUGGGCAGCCAACGUCGGGAAGGGCACGGAGCCGCCGGGCGCCGGCCGCCACCGGCCCGGCUGUGGAGCCGUGCAGGACUCACCCCUUGCAUGUUUUCUGGGAAAACAGCCAGGGCAGCGCCCCUGUGCCCCCUCGCCGGUGCCUCCUCGCCCGAGCUCUCCCCUUGCAAAGCCAGCGCCUCCCGGGCGGUCGCUUGCUCCGUCAACUCGAUACUGUACCAUGUGCCUGCUGGUUUGGCCUGCGACGUGUGUGCUUCACCCGCCCCCUCCUCGGUGACGGGGACCCCCCUCCCCGGACCAGGUCGGGGAGGGUCCCCCCAGGCCCUGCAGGGGGAGGACCCCCCUGGUUUGUUUUUUAAUGUAUUGACCCCACUGUUUGGAGUCGGACCCUGCUCAGUCUUCCAGCCCCUCUCCUGGAGAAUCCCCCCAAUAAACUAUAUA